AUGAAGCGCAAGACAGAUUCACGGGGCUCCAUGGAUGGCAAUGCCAUGCCAGAGUCCAAGAAAAGAGCCCUGUCUAGUGAGGAGGCUGCUUCCCGCUUCCGCGACGGUCUAUUUGACGUUGCCGAACAGCAGAAGUACACCGGCGAAUACGCCAAGUCGUCUCCCUACUUGCACGGCGUCAUCCACCCCCUAAUUGAACCUACCCUCCUCCGCUCCGUUCGCGAUGAGAUUGAAACCCAAGUGUCCUUCACCGAGAAGGAAACUGAUAUCUACAAGAUCUUCCAGUCGGGCGAUCUCGCCAACCUCGACGGCUUGGACGAUUCUUCUCUAUCCAAGCUCCCAUCUGUGUUGAAGCUUCGCGAUGCGAUGUACUCGGCCCGAUUCCGCGAGUACCUUUCCUCCGUAACUGGCUCCGGCAAGCUCAGUGGACAGAAGACCGACAUGGCAAUCAACGUGUACACUGAGGGAUGUCAUCUGCUUUGUCACGACGACGUUAUUGGUAGCCGUCGCCUCAGUUAUAUUCUUUACCUCACCGAUCCCGAUACACCCUGGCAAGCCGAGUGGGGUGGUGCGCUGCGCCUGUUCCCGACAACCACCCAGAAGGAUGCGAAUGGCGAGGACGUCAAGAUUCCCAGCCCGGACUACAGCUUGUCCAUCCCGCCCGCCUUCAACCAACUCAGCUUCUUCACCGUUCAGCCUGGUGAAAGUUUCCAUGACGUCGAGGAGGUGUACCACCCGCGCGAGGACGAGGACAAGUCCAAGAAGCGCGUGCGCAUGGCCAUCAGUGGCUGGUUCCACAUCCCCCAAGAAGGUGAGGAUGGAUACGAGGAGGGACUGGAAGAGAAGCUGGCCGAACGCAGCAGUCUGGCCCAACUCCAGGGCCGCGGUGAUAUCUAUGAUCUACCCCAGCCCCAACCCGUCUCCUGGGAAGAACCCGAAGUCGAAGGGAAGGGUAAGGCUAAGGCCGAAGAGCAAGCCGAGGGAGAAUUCGAUGCGUCCGAACUCGAUUUCCUGGUCCGGUACAUUGCGCCCUCGUACCUGACUCCUGAUAUCGCCGAGGAGAUGUCCGAUGCAUUCUCUGCCGAGUCCUCGCUCAGCCUGGAACGCUUCAUGAACGACAAGUUUGCUUCGCGCAUGAGUGCAUACAUUGAGGAACAGGAGAGACAGGCCCUUCCUGCUACCGCUGAUGAGAUUCAAAAGCAGCGUGGAUGGACUGUCGCUCGCCCUCCCCACAAGCACAGAUAUCUUUACCAGCACGCCUCCGGUAAAGAGGAGUCAGAGAACCCAAUCCAGGAGCUUAUGAAUGUUCUGUUCCCCUCACAGGCUUUCCGUAAGUGGCUCGGCCUCAUUACUGGUAUUGACCACCUCACCAGCCAUGAUCUGAUGGCGCGACGAUUCCGCCGUGGAGCGGACUACACCCUUGCUAGUGCCUAUGAGGGCGAAGAGCCUCGCCUUGAGUUCACUCUGUGCCUCACUCCCAGCCAGGGCUGGGAGAAGCAGGAAGAAGAGGAAGAGGAAGAUGAGAUGGACGAGGAUAACGAAAAUGGAGAGGCCAGGGAAUCAUCUUCCAAGGCACCCGAGCCAAAGGAAAAGACCAACGAUGAGGCCGUCGAGGGACCUGCCCUUGGUGGCUAUGAGAUUUACAUGGCUGGCGACGAGGAAGAAGAGGAAGAAGAAGAUCCGGAGAAUGCUGACCAGGUCCUCGGUCAGAAGAAGACCAAGGCCGAUCCCGCCAUCUACCGAUCUGCUGGCGCAGAUGAGGACGACGGCAUUCUGUUCAGCACACAGGCCGGCUGGAACCGCCUCAGCAUUGUGUUGCGUGACAGCGGUACACUUAAGUUCGUCAAGUACGUCAGUGCGGCAGCUAAGGGCGACCGGUGGGAUAUCACUGGUGAGGUUGAUGUUGAGUUCGAGGAUGGUGACGAUGAGGAUGACGAUGAAGAGGGCGAGGAUGAAGAUGAGGAAUAA